CCGUCGAGUCAUCCGCCGAAGCCUCACUCGCAUCGUCCGCGCUUGACUCACCCGGUCAGCCCUACGAUCAAGAAAGUCUCCACUCCAGGCCAUAUAUAAGUGCAGGGACAGUGUAGAUUGAAGGAUCAAUCGCUCUCCUUCAGAGGCCCCCUCUUCUCGACGUGUAGCCAGCAUCAUCAUGGCCUCGACACACCAGCCCCAGGGCGAGACCCCUUGGUUCCUCCAGUCCAGCGCACCCGUCCUGCUCCCUACCUUGGACGCGCUGACCUAUCCACGCGAUGAGUUUGAGGCGUACAUUCACAAGGAUCUCGCCUCGCGCCAUGAUGGCGACCAUGUCACAAUGGACGAUGAUCCCACGCAGCACCAGCAGCCUACAGAGGCGACAUCAGAGUCGUUCACAUUGCUCACCUCGUCCACAACAACAGCAGCCGAUCUGGCCACAGACAUGGACAACAUGAAAGUCGACGCGACGCGCGCAGAAGAGGCAGACAAAUCUAAAAGGAUGGGCCACCCCUUUAUGGACGCCCUGUUCGACAACGCGGAGCAAGACGAGGAGCAGCACACCCCCAACCUGGAGAACAAAAUGUUCACCGACAAUGGCGAUAUCACCAACGCAUCCACCACAAGCCCCCUCGUCGACCUCUUCGCCGAGCUGGAGAAUGUCAUCACUGGCCCCCGCCUCAACGACCUCCUCCACGCAGCGUGGGCGCACGACGCCCUCGCCACCCUCAAGAUUAUCUUCAACGCGCGCUCCAUCCAUCUCGGCAAAUCGAGCCGAAAGACAUUCUACCUCUGCGCCGGAUGGCUGGCCACGCACCAUCCUCACACCCUCAUCGCCAACCUCCCAUGGCUGAGCCGCCCCGUCAUCCAGAAGAAGGAAAAGAAGGACGACGACGACGCUGACCUGGUCAUCGUCGAGGCCGAGAAGGACGAGAACGACCCGGCCAGGCACAAUGUCCGCCACGGCGUCUCGCACGGGUACUGGAAGGAUCUGCUCAACAUACUCGCCCUCGCCGCCAACGACAAGCUCCACGUGCUCGCCAACCCUUCCGACGUCCUCAACAUCCGGCAGACGAAGGAGAAGAAGACACGCAAGAACCGACCCAACAAAUCCUCCCGCGUCCAAAAGACAUCAGGCCGCAGGGCACCCACGCUCGCCGCCACGAAGCCCGAACUAUCCACCAGGCAAAUGACAGAGAGCCAACGCCGCGCCAAGGACAAGGUCGCCUCCAAACUCGCCAAGGAGGACCGCAUCACGACCCGACAGGCACGCCAGGCCCGCGUGGCCAGCAAGCUCCAGACCGACCCCGUCUACCGAGCCCUCCACCUCGCCAUCGCCCGCCUCUUUGCACAGCAGCUCCAGAUCGACACGGAGCGUCUCAAGAGCAACGACAGGACACUCCAGAAGGACAUCUCCCUCUGCGCCAAGUGGGCACCAAGCCACGACCGCUUCCAUGACCGUCACACCCUCAUCGCCACCUCCAUUGCCGAGAUCCUCUUCCCCAUGUCCGCCCUCGAUCUCAUCGAUACUACUACCACUACUACCCGCGAGGUCUACCUGCGUCACGCCCGCGAGGCCUACCGCAAGACCACCUCCGCCCUCCGUGCCCACCUCGACAUUGUCGAGCGCAACAUCACCGCCCAGACCUACGACGCCAUCCGCUACGAGCGUCUCCCCAGCCAGGCCAUGCGGCAGUACACGCCGCAGUUCGUCACGCACGACUACGACCGCUUCGAGGCCUACCUCGACAAAGUCGCCAGCGGGCAGACCAUCAUCUCUGGCGCCACGCUCCUCCCCAGCGUCAUGGUUCACAGCGUGAGCCACAACAACGACACACCUUCUCUCCCGGCCAGCGCGCUCGCCGGCCUCACGCCCGCCAAGCUCCUCGAGCACAGAAAGGCCCAUCUGGCGGCGCAAGUCCUCGACGGCCAGUGGAAGACCCUCGUCCAACGCAUCAGGGACGCCGGCACGCUACGCUCCAGCAUCGCCGUCUGCGACGUGUCCGGCUCCAUGGGCUACCCCGUUUUCCCGGACGGCACGAUCCCCAUGGACUCGUCCAUCGGGCUCUCCCUGCUCGUGGCGUCCGUCACUGAACCGCCCUAUGGCGGCGCCUUUAUCACGUUCCACGACAAACCGACCGUGCAGAGGGUCGAUCUCGCGGCCCCCUUUUCCGCGCAAGUCCGUAAGAUCCGUCAAGCGCCUUUUGGUUUCCGGACCGACUUUGAGGCCGUCUUUACGCAGUGCAUCCUCCCGCUGGCGCGUAAGCACAAGGUCCGGCGGGAGGACAUGGUCAAGCGGGUGUUUGUCUUUAGCGACAUGCAGUUUGACCAGGCGCGGGGGAUGAAUGAGAAGAAAACGUGGUCGAGCAGCCUGGAGCGCAUCCGGAAGGAGUAUGCCCGGUUCGGGUACGAGGUUCCGGAGCUGAUCUUUUGGAAUUUGGCCGGUGGGAGAGGGGGUGUCAGUCCCAAGCCUGUGACGACGGCGGAUCAGGGGACGGCCAUGGUGAGUGGGUAUUCGCAGGGUCUGCUCAAAGUCUUCUUGGACUCGGGAGGCUUUGAAGAAGCGGAAGAGGAGGAAGAGGUGACCGAGACGGUGGAGGGCGAGGAUAGUAUGGAGGUGACGACAACGACGGUGGUAAAGAAGAACCCCAUGGAUCCAUUGAACACGGUGAAGAAGGCGAUCGGGCAUCCUGCGUAUGCCAUGCUCCGCGUCGUUGAUUAAUACCAUAGUAAUAAAAAAGCAAAGCAUUCAGGGUAUCUUGUACGUGUCAACUCCCCCGCUCACA